UCUCAUACACAGCUCCUCUUCUGGUUCGUUUCUAACCUUCUCCGUCGAUCUCUAGAGAGAGAGAGAGAGGGAGGGAGGGACCAAAAAACAGAAGCAAAAAAGAAAGAAGGCAAAAAAUAAAUGUCCGAUUUUUGCAUGUAAUUUGUCGCGUUGCUGCCAUGGCAAUGCCAAAGCUCUUUUGACUAAACAAAUCAGCAUCCCAAGUGUCAUCUCUGUUUUUCUCUUGGCCGUUUCUUACUUCCCCCUACUCACCACCGCCCAUAUAAACCCCCAAAGCCACCGUCAGCGGCAGAGCCACCACAAUUUCAAGUACAAGAACGAGAAGGAGGUUCAAGAAACGGGAAACUCAAUUCUAGAGAGAGAGAGAGAGAAAUGUCUUCUGAUCUCUUUGUCCUCGAUGACUCUGCCUUCUUCCACCAUUCUUCCCACAGCCCGGAAAUGGUUUCCUCCGACGGCGCCGCCGACCUCUUCUUCUCCGACCAGCUCUGUUCCUCCUUCGACGUCUUCCCGGAACUCAACAACCCGGUUCACGAUCCCUUCACCGCCUCGAACGGUACCGCUUUAGGUCCGACGGAGGCCGAGGCCGCGGCAGCCCUGCUCUGCUCUUCGUCGCCGCCGAGCCGUCAGCUGGAGGGCCUGACGAUCGGCUACAACGGGCACCACCUGGCGCCGGGGAACGGUUACAGCGGCGAUUUCUACUCUGGGCUGGAGUUGGAGGUGAAAACAGAGGAAUGCCAUGUGGGUUUGGAGGGUUUCGUCACGGUGCCUCGGAAUUACGGCGGCGCCGUCAAUGACGACGUCGAGAAAGUGAUGCAGAGGAGCUACAGCGGCAAUUCCUUCGACGACGACGGCGGCGGCGGCGUUAGCAGAGGAGCUGGGGGUUUCUUCUUCCAGCCGCGAUUCGACACGGUGUUGGAAUCCCAGAGCUAUCAGCAGCCACUGAGCUCCCCGGAGAGCAACUUUUUCGCCGGACAGUUGAGAAGGGUUUGCAGCACCGGAGAUUUGCAAAAUAUGAGAAGAGGAAAGGCGACGCAGAGGUCGCUAUCGAGCCCUUUAGCGACGGAGAGCUCGUUCACGGAAGAAUCCCAAUUCAAAGUCGGGCGUUACAGUGCGGAGGAAAGGAAAGAGAGGAUCUCCAAGUACAGAGCUAAGCGAAGCCAGAGGAAUUUCACCAAGACCAUAAAGUAUGCAUGCCGCAAAACGCUAGCGGACAACCGGCCGAGAAUACGCGGCAGAUUCGCGCGUAACGACGAGAGCUACUGUGAGAUUCCAAAACCUGCUGCAUCUUCUUCCACCACCACCAGAGACGAGGACGAAGAUGAUCAGCACUGGUUUGAUGGGUUCCAUGGAGGAGAAGAAGAGGAAGAUGGAGGGAACAACAGAAGAGUAGGAGGAUGCUAUGGAGAACAAGCUCAGUUUCACUAUUAUGGAUAUUAGUUAGCUUUCUAAGAAGAAGAAGAAACCUUCUUAUUUGCAGUAUUUUUACUCCUUCAUAGUCAUUAGCUAGGAUUAAUUAAGUUAAGCUAAUCAUAUAAAGUGAGAAAUUAAAUGGAGAGAAGCAAGCAAGUGCUGUUGAAUGGAAGAAAGGAAUUCAGAGGGGGUUACUUUUGUAAUAUUGAAUGAUAAUAUAUAUAUAAUAAUAAAUUAUGAGAAGAAGUGUUAUCAUUUUCUUCAGGAGAAAUAAAACAAAAUAUUGCACAGAGUGAAGGGAAGAGGGGUGGUAGUUGAAGCAGUUCAGUUUUUAGCAGUUAAUGCAUGUUACCGUAUCUCUUUUCUUAAAUUUUAUUUUUGGUGUUUUGUAAUCAUUGACAUCAUUUUCUGGGUUGGGUUCACUCACUGUGUUUGCAUAAAUGCGUCAGUCAAUAACCUCUGACCUCUUUUUAAGAGAGGGAAAUGGGUUAUUAAUUGUGAGUGCAGACAUUUUGACUUUGAAUUGGGCGGCAGCAGCAAAAACCCUAGUGCUUAAUUAUAUACAUUGUAAUCUGCUUGUAAUAAUUAAAUACCUACCUCACUUAAUUAAUUGCUUAGUUACUGGGAUAUUCGAUUUCAUUCGUGGGGUAUAGAUUUGAUGAAACACUUUCUUCUCCUAAUGCAUUUCACUUUCAUCGGCGAUUCGUCGAUCAUGGCCUUGAUUAGAAGGUGCUAGUUUGAAUUUGGUUAAAAUUUGUUAAACUAUAUUUGAGUCUCCAUUACCAAAUUUAAUAGAGUAAAAGUCUACUGAAAUUCCAAGGACCAAAAGAACUUGGAUGAGCCGAUGGUAUGUUAAGUAAUAGCUCACAUUUGUUAGCACAAGCUUAUUCCAGAGGAGCAGUUAUUUAGGUUAGAUUACACUAUUACUUUAACCUUAUAACUCAGUGAAUUUGGAGUCAUAACGGACUUUAGUUUAGGGAAGUUGGAAGCGGGCGACAUAUACUUGAUCGUCGUCGUUCACAACAUGACUUACUAGUUGAAGGUAGUUUGAUGAGCAGUUGAGGAUAACGACACACACGAUUGUGCCGAUAUGACAUGGAGUAUAUACUACGUGGCGUAUCAUUAGUGGUGAAAAACAUGUUGCGCCAUUCAAAAGGAUUAUACUGGUAUGUACAACAUGUCACGUUAUGAAUAUAUGUUAACACGAUAACGAACUUAACACGUAUUGUACCAAUGUUACUAUUAUUUUUCCUACUUUCCUACUCAAACUCUAACAACUUCCUCCUAAAUAUGAACCCGGUGUAUGAAUAUACGAUUUUGUUUUUCUUACAAAGAAUAACUAUCAUAACAGGAAACGGCUACGGUGCUAAUUGUACAAUAGUUAGCACCGUCCUAACCAAGGGAAAAACUACUACUAGUUUGAAUUAGUAGUGAUUUAGCUUAGAUGUUGUAUUGAUUUUAUAAUAAUCCGUAGUGAUUUCGUUAUUUUUAGUAGCGUUUUUUGCUAGUUAUUACGGUGCUAACCCCUAUAAGAGUUAGUACCUAAUCCCAUCCCUAUCAUACAUAACAAGGUCUCUCUCCGUUGGAAUCUCGUAAUGCAUUGAACACAAAUACAAUGUGUUAGUCAAUAUGUUUUCCAGUUGAUAAAAAUUGACAGGAGAAAAAAAAUACAAAUCUCUUUGACUAAUUUUUUCUGAUUUACUAGAUUAAUGAGGACAGAACGAAUAAUACAGCAAAACUAGCUAACAAAUGCACAGCUGAUGUCAAGAAGGGGAGACAAAGCCUUUAAUUUCCCCCAAAACUUUUGCUUAUCUUACAGUUAAAAGAUUCUAAUUAAGCUUAUUAUUAUUAUUAUUAUUAUUAUUAUUAUUAUUAUUAUUAUUAUUAUUAUGUGUUCAAUAUAUUCCUACAGCCUACUCUUUUGUACACUGCUGCUCUCCCCAGUACAAAAGCAAGUUCUUCCAACUAUAGUAAUAGUCAUUCAAAACUGAAGCAUCAUUGACAACAUUCGGCAAUAAAAAUAAGAAGUUGGCACCUUUUUGUGAAAAGCAUAUUUACAAACGAUUCAACAAUUAUGAUUGGUCGAUCCAAUACAGCAACAAUGACUGCAUAACUUAGAUUGAUUGAGAGAUAUUAUUAAAUUUGGGAGCUCACCAAUUGUAUAAACUUGAACGUCGAUAAACAUGCACGAACAUUAGAAAGAAUCAUCAAUUUUCUUGGAAAAAAUAUAAUUUUUGGACCAUGUUUUUCGUGUGUAUUAGUUGGACUUCAACAUAUCGUUUAAAUUUUUUCUUUUAUAAUUUUUAAAUAAAAGUUGUGACUUAUAUUAUCUUAGAUGACUGUAAUCUCAUUUGACCUUAAUAAACUGUCUUUUAGAAGACAUGGUUGUUUAAACAAAACAAAAAAGUACAUUAAUGUGUCAUCCUCACAUAUAUAUAAUUAAUGUGGACGGCAUAUAUGCUUAGUUAGUAACUUAGUAUAGGUAAAACUGUUACUUUUUACCGUUUAAAUUUUUUGUCACUAAAUCAAAAUAGGAACCACCUCUGAAAUCAUAGAUUUUUUCUUUAUACAAUACCUCUAUUAUAUUAUCCUGAAAUUCAUACAACACCUGGCAGCCUAGCCUAGAAAUUGAAUGGAUCAUCAGAUAUUAAUUUCUGUAUGCCGCACUUGAGAGAAUUGUUAAUUUCACAUAAACACCUUUUGUGUAGUGUGCUUGAAUUGUAGUUUUCAAGAGGGGUAUCGAUUGGUUUCUUUUAUGAGUCGAGAUCUUUGCUCCAUUGCCCAAAUUUGGACUGAACAGAAAGAGCACAUCAUAGAAAAGGGGACAUGCAACCAAAAAAUAAAAAUAUAAUUAAUUCAUUCUAAGAUGCCUCCAAUUUCCAAUCAAGAGUGCAGUCAAAGAAUUUUUCGGGCUAGAGGGAACUUAGAUAUCUAGGUGUUGGCUUAUAGUUAACUUAAUUAAUUACUAGUUUAUUAAGUUUCAACUUCUGAGUUUAAGUGCUGUCAAAUCCCAAGUUUCAGCUGUUCAAUUUACUUAAUCAUGGCCUCAAUUAGCACAAACAAAACCCACUUGUCCUCACGAGGCUGUGUGAAUCCAUCUCACGAACAAGAGCGAUUGUAUGAUCCAAAUAAACGAUGUCUACGGAC